AUGAGCCAGUUCUUCGAUCCUGAGAAGGUUAGCUUCUCCAUCUUUACGGGCGAUAUUGUCAGCCACGACAACGACGACCAACUAAGCCGGGCAUAUGUCGAAUACGAAGAGCGGAUCACCUACGAAACCUUCAAAGCGCAAAUGGGUAAGGUGCCAGUCUACCCCACGCUGGGCAACCACGAUUCAUUCCCCGAAGCCUAUAACACCCCCAACAAUAUCAAUGGCGAUGACUCUGGUUCAUCUAACGUAUUCAGCUGGAACUACGACCUUCUCAGUUCAAUGUGGCAAUCUGACGGUUGGCUGACUAAGCCCGAAGCAUCAUACGCCUCAACGCACUACGGCGCCUAUGCGCACACCACGAAAGAAGGUCUACGCAUCAUCUCCAUAAACACCGACUUCUGGUACCCAGCCAACAUCUUCAAUUACUUCAACUUCACCAACCCUGACCAAUCGGGCAUUCUGCGCUUCGUCAUUGACGAACUCACCGCCUGCGAGAAACGCGACCAACGAGCCUGGAUCAUCGGACACGUCCUUUCUGGUUAUGACGGCACCAACAAUCUCCCCAAUCCUACCGCUUUAUUCUACAGCAUCGUCCGUCGCUUUGCGCCGUACACCAUCGCCGGGAUAUUCUUCGGCCACACUCAUGAAGACCAGUUGCAGAUCUACUACGACUACGCGCCGUCUAGUUUGAAAGAGGGCGUGCGCAACACCACAGACGUCGAUUACAGCAAGCCGCUAACCAUGGCGUUCAUCGGCCCAUCUAUCACGCCCCUCACAGGCAACAACGCUGGAUAUCAACUCUACAGCGUGGAUGCUAAGACCUUCGAGAUCAUGGACAUCAAGACGUAUUUCGCCAAUGUGUCGGAAUCUCUGACCUGGCAUACGCCAAUCUGGCAAUUCGAAUACGAUGCACGGGAUACGUAUAAUGUGAAUGAGACGUGGCCGGCCACCAGUCCGCUGAAUGCGACUUUCUGGGAUAAGGUGACGUAUAGUAUGUUGGGGAACCAGAGUUUGGUGGAACGGUAUAACUUGCUGGAGACAAAGAGUAGUGUGGUGACGAAAAAGUGUGACACUGAGGCGUGUGCGAAGCAGAAGGUCUGUUAUAUCAGGAGUGGGAGUGGAGCAUUAGGGAAUCUGUGUCCGACAGGCGAUGGGCCAUUUUAG